UUCCUUCCUUCUUUCUGAAGGUACAGAACUCAUCUGAGAAAAGAAGAAAAAAAACAGAAUGAAGUGAUUGUUCCUGUUCUCUUUCUUAAGUCAUUUGGAACACUGUCCCUCCACGUUUUCUAAAUGCACUGCAGCUGCCACACGAGAAGUGACAACUUUGCCAAUUAGGCAGCAAUUACAAGCAUUGGGUCACUACCACUGUCGGGUCAGCACCUGGCUAAAGUGUAUUGAGUGAUGGCUUUAGAAGUAAAUGACAUUGAAUUUCGUGCGAAAUGGACAGCAGGAUUGCAAUGUCACAUAACGUUUGAUUUCUCAUAGUAGUAAGUAAUAUAGAAAAAAGAUUCCUCUUCUGUAUACUUCAAAAAACUUGAAACAAAAGAUCACAGCAUGGACUCUUGUACUUUAAUCGUUCUAGUGCAGAUAAAGAUUUUGGAGAUAUGAUCUUAUCAAGAAGCGUAAGAAAAGCUGUUGAUCGCACUGCUCACUAUUCAAGAUGUCUAGAGCUCAUGCAGAUGCAUUCAAAGCCCAUUUGGCCCAAAGGUGAUGAUUUAAUGAAGCUAGAUCAUCCAGGAGAACUUCAGUGCAAUGAAGAAAGAGGACACAUAUUGCAAGAUGGAUAAUGUACAAACCUUUUCCUUUGCUCAUUGCUUGGAUCCUAUUGUAAAUGCCAAUAUAGCUUCGCCCCUCAGUGAGGGAUUCAGGACACAGCUUGCCCAAUUUCGAUACAGCCCUCCCACAGACUUAGAAAACUUCAAAAGUUCUUUUGAAGGGGGAUCUCGUAAACGUAAAAGUAUGCCAAUGAAAGUACCUUCCACUGUCUCUCCAGGAGAUCCCACAUCUCCAUUGGAGAACCCUGAAGAAAAUGUUGAUGGAGGUUCUCCCAGCCUCCCUUCAAUAUUUCAGCAUGAAUCCACACAGCCAAAGUACAAUGCUCACAUGAUCGACCUCUGCAACCUUGGCUAUCACUUUUACAGGACUCUGGAGCACUUUGGGACACAGCCCAUCAAAGAAGAACCAAUAAAACCCAAGGUUCUAUGGCCUGGCCCCACUGCUUUUCUGCAGGCUCCCUAUUCAUACUAUCCCAAAAUUCAUCCUACUUUAAUGUUUCCUUUUAUGAUGCCCCCAGAUUUGCAUUUUAGAAAUCCUUUCCCAUUGAAAAGGCCCCCGGAGCCUCCCUUCAAAAAGGUUGAGUUAAAUGAGCAAGCUGAACAAAAGCAAAAGGUGGAAAGAGUCGAUGUCAAUAUUCAGAUUGAUGACAGCUAUUACAUUGAUGUAGGAGGAGAGCAGAAACGUUGGCAGUGCCCUAUGUGUGACAAGUCUUACACAUCCAAAUACAACUUGGUCACUCACAUCUUGGGGCACAGUGGCAUCAAGCCCCAUGCUUGCUCCCGGUGUGGGAAGCUUUUCAAGCAGCUGAGUCAUCUGCACACCCAUAUGCUGACUCAUCAAGGCACUCGACCUCAUAAGUGCCAAGUGUGUCACAAGGCCUUCACCCAAACUAGCCACCUAAAGAGACACAUGAUGCAGCACAGUGACAUUAAACCUUACAGCUGCAGAAUUUGUGGAAAGGGUUUUGCCUAUCCCAGUGAAUUGAAAGCUCAUGAAUCCAAGCAUGAGAGCGGCAGAGAAAAUAUCUGCAUUGAGUGUGGCCUUGACUUCCCAACUUUGUCUCAACUGAAGAGGCACCUAACCACCCACCGAGGUCCUGUUCAAUACACUUGCACCGAGUGUGACAAGAUAUUCCAGUACCCAAGUCAGCUGCAGAAUCACAUGAUGAAGCACAAGGAUAUUCGCCCAUAUAUUUGCACUGAAUGUGGCAUGGAAUUUGUGCAGCCACAUCACCUGAAGCAGCAUUCCUUGACUCAUAAGGGUGUGAAAGAGCACAAGUGUGGAAUCUGUGGCCGGGAGUUUACGCUACUUGCCAAUAUGAAAAGACAUGUCUUAAUUCACACCAAUAUCAGAGCCUACCAAUGCCACCUCUGCUUUAAAAGUUUUGUGCAGAAACAAACUCUCAAAGCCCAUAUGAUUGUCCAUUCAGAUGUCAAACCUUUCAAAUGUAAGCUGUGUGGAAAAGAAUUUAAUCGAAUGCAUAAUUUAAUGGGCCACAUGCACUUGCAUUCUGACAGCAAACCAUUCAAAUGCCUCUACUGUCCCAGCAAAUUCACCUUGAAGGGGAACCUCACCAGACAUAUGAAAGUCAAACAUGGAGUCAUGGAAAGAGGAUUUCGUUCUCAAGGUUUUACAAGGGAACAACUGAGACUAUCACAAACAGAUGCCUCAAGAAACCUAGAACAGGAAGAACCUUUUGACCUUUCCCAAAAGAACCACAGGCAAGGAUUUUCUUUUCAUUCUGACAGGGAGACUGCAAAAGAAAAUUCAAGCCAUGAUGAAGAAGACAAUUGCCACAGGGCAGAGCAGUAUUCUCCUCGCAUGCAUGACAAGGGCAAGAACCCUAACAGACUGCAGGAUCCUCCAAGCGAAACAGAAAAUGAGGUUAAGGAUUUCAGAGAGUCAUACUGUGAUGCAAAAGAGAAAAAGUUCAAAGACACCAUUGAGGACAAACAAGAAAACAAAAGGGAGCGAAGCCGGGUAGAGAGAGACUUUGUGAAUAACAACGAGGGAUAUCACUUCGAAAGUAAUAGAUUCACUCAGUCUCUAUCUGACUAUUUGUACUUUCAACAUAGGAACAAGAGUUUGAAGGAGCUGCUGGAAAGUAAAAUGGAGUCACAAACUGCUUUUCUGGGCAUCUAAAUGGACAUCACUAAACUUAUCUUUGGGGAAAUGAAGUGUUUUCAGAGUUUUGGGCUAACAUGAACAAUAAAAUUGUAAAUGACUGUUAAAUGAUAGCAAAAAUUAUAAACAAGAAAAAACCCCUAGCAAAAAUAAUUUAAGACAAAUAUUCACUUGUUUUUUCAGGUUUUCUGUUUUUACACAGUAAUAUUUUAGAGAUUAAUUUAAUAUAUCAUUCUCUUCCCAAUACCUUGUCCCAAUAUUUGGACCAGGUCUGCAUGUUCAACAGAACAAAGUGGAAGAGUCCUGAGGUAGUAAGUAUAAUAGAAGGCAUACAAGAUAAUCUUUUUUAUGUUUCCUUAUGUGAUAAGUUUUUUCCCAUUCCAACUUUUUACACGAUCCUUGUUUUUGUUUGUAUAUUUAAUUUGCUUGCAGGAAGUAAAGCACAUGUGAAGCAGCCACCUGAAGUGUUCAGUCUCUAACUCAAGAUACUACCAUUUGCUUCUGCCAGUUGUGUAGCUCAGUCCAGGCCUCGGUUCCAGGCUCUUAAUAUUCUGUCACACUGUGGCAAGGCCAAGAACCAAUAACUUGAGUAGUUCUGCCUGAGCAAUAAGAAAUGACAAAAAACCCAGGUUCUUAUUCCAGACACUGAAAUAAUAGGCUUAGUCUCUUUGUGGUGGUAUCUGUUCUUGUUUCCUGUUUUUAUACAGUAAUAUUAUAGAAGUUAAUCUUUUCAAACUCUUUCACCAUAACCUGUCUAGAUUAAUAACCUAGAUAACCACAUGCACUCUGCAGAUAACUCUUAAAAGCCUACUUUUCAUACAAAAGCUAUCAGUUAUAAAAUUGCCCUUUUACUAGAUCAAUAUACCCUGCCAUGAGAGAAAGAAGUUUAUUUCAGUUCUGGACAGGAUUUUUUUUAAAAAUAUAUUAUAAUACAGUUUUGUAUUGUUUGCCUUUUGGUGGGGACAUGGAUGGGCCUUUCAGUCAGUGUUGAGUCCUGGCAACUGCCUGGACAAGUCCUUGAAGUUUUCUUACAAGAUUUUUGAAACUGCUUUGCCAUUGCCACUGUCACCCAUUUGGUUUCAUGCCUGUGGGAAUAAAUUCAGCCUCUUGGUUUCUAGCUUGAUGUCUGAACCAGUACCACAAUAUUAUAGAAUUCUCUGUAUAGCUGCAAUAAAUACUUAAAUGGAUUAGAGUGCUAUUCCAUAUCUUCACAAUAGUCAAGUCCACUCAUUGACAGACAUACCUAGAAAAGCAGCCAUGGAAGAACGCUGUAUCCUUGCAUUAACCAAUUAUUAUAUUGCAGUAAAGUUUGAUUAUUUUCUACAUACUGAAAGAUGCAUCCCAAAAGAUUUUCUUGACAGAUUAACAAAAAUAAGCAUUUUUAUAUAAUCUUGUGAUACAGAGAUGAUCCUUAUGUUUCCAUAGAUUCUUUUAUGUGGAGAUCACUACAUUGUUCUUCAUGUGGGGUAAUAUGAAAAAGUAUCUAAAACAUCUUCUAGGACAGUGAUGGCUAACUUUUUCUGGACCGAGUGUCCAAAGUGCACACAUAUGCCCGAACCCCCCAAAUGCAAUGCACACGAGCCCCCCCGACAUACACCCCCUGCGCAUGAGCAGCAGAGACCCGAAGACCAGCUAGCCAGUGGGAAGCAUGUGUGCAUGUGUGGUGGAGCUGAACUGGGGCAACGGCUCGCAUGCCCACCAAGAGGGCGCCGCGUGCCACUUCUGGCACGCGUGCCAUAGGUUCUCCAUCACAGUUCUAGGAGGUUGAAUUUCCCUUUUAAUGAUUUCUAUAGCUGUUUGCUUUACUUGUAGACUAUGCUAUAUUUACACUAAGGUUAUUAAGGACAAUAAAAUCUCAGCAUGGGUUUGUUAACCUUAAGUGUCCCAUGUCUAAACUACAUCUGCUAAAGACCUUAUUCCACUCUUCAAAAAUAUUAUCAAGGCAACUAUUGACUAGAUCUGCAUUACAAAGUUUCAAAUCACUGAAUGUGCCAUGACUUUACAUGGACUUUAUGCUGGACACUAGAGCUAUGGGAAAUGUACAAAACAGACCUUUUGCAGCAUAUGAAUGUACAAGCGAAGCACCGCUAUUCAAAUAAUUAAAGGAGAUUUGUCCUCUAGAAAGUUUGCCACAGCUGCAUUGAAGAUUGUCCUUGACAGUUUGCGUUACCUGUGCAGACAACUUCUAUGGAACUGCCAGUGAAGGGAAGUGGCAGAAAACUGGGACAGACUUGAAAACAGCUGCACGAGCUUUCCAAAAGAUGCAAUUGCCAUAACACUUUGAGAAGAGAUGCAUCAUACAUGCUAGCGUACUUUGCAGAGCAGUUUCAAAUGCAUUGUACGGCUAUACUGGGGAGAAUAAUAUAGUGAGAGAGAUAACACAGAAACAUACACAAAAGCAUUGCCCCCAUUAAAAUAAUUUAAGGGAUGUCCGGACUAUUAAAUUUACAAUAUCUCAUGCAUAUUAUAUGAAGGAAGGAAAUUCUAUACUUUUUUGGUGACUGAUUAUAGAUAUCAAACAAGGAGAAACUUGCACACAGAUCUCUGUGGAAAGUAGAAAUUUCACAUUCUUUCAAAUUGUGCAUUACCAGUGUCCUUAUAAUCUCUGGUCUCAUUUCUCUUCCUUAGUAAUAAUUCAAUCCUGUCAGAAUAUGAUCUCCAAGUGGUGGAGAUAAUGAGGGAAUUCAAGAAUUUAACACUUUCUCUUCCCCUUUACAGUAAUUGAUUGAAUUAGUCUGGAAAUAUUUUCAGCAACAGUAGAAUCAGAAAUUUGGUCUUGUAAGUUUUUUUUUUAGAAAAUGAAAAUGCUGGGCACAGCAUUAUUUGGAAGUGUGCCCAUGUGGACCCUCUCCAAGAUAAUUUGGCAUAAUAAGGUGCAAUUUAUUGGAUGGUAUAGAAGGGAUGAUAGCUUCAUGGUACUUUGGUGUUUGUAACUUUAUAUAUUGCCCAUAGCAGCCAUCUUAAGAAGUUCCCUUGAACAGUAUUUUGCAAGGCUUCCUGCAACAUAAUUAUGAAAGAUUGGAGAGAGCUGUUGUAGUGAUUGCAAUGUACUCCGCUCUAACACUUCAGCUAUUUAGCAUUCUCAAGGCAUUUGAUUCAUAUACUGUUAGCGUAGGCAUCUUGGUUGAAAGGUAAACCAGAGGAGGGCAAGGGACAGAGUAUGUAGUAUGUCAGGCUAUAAACUCUGCCCCUAGAAUACUUAUUACAUAUUACAUCACAAUGCAAUUAGAAAGAAUAGAACGUGCAACAUGAUAUCACAGAACACAUUUCAUCACUUAGGUGUCACUAUGUUUAGGAUAUUACAGGAUUCUAUGGCUAUUAGGUCUUGGAAAGUAAGUCAUGCAGAGUUCAGUCGACUUAGGGACAAACUAGAAAUUAUAUGGUGCUAAUACAUUUCCUCCCCAUUCAAAUAUCUUCAGAGAAAGGAUUUCCCUGGUAAUGGCAACAGGACAAGGAAAGCACACUGAAUACCUGCACUUUGGAUCUGUGGGCGUAUAUGUGAACAUGAUUCAUGUUAGAUACAUCUAAGCAACAGAAGAAAAAGUUUAGCCGGAAGAAAACAAUGGUGAUUCAAGCAAGCCAACAAGUGGCAAACAGUUCCAAAGAUAUUUGAACCUCCCAAACAAAAGUUAAAUGGUUUAGAUUAUAGUGGUAAAUUUUGCAUUUUUGUUUUCAA